GAGCGAGUGUUGCGCGGAGGGGUGCAGUCAGGGCUAAUCUGAGGCAGCAGUUUCCAUCCAAGGUUCGCCCCUGCUGUUGUGCGGCCCAUGGACUACCACCUGCGCUGGACCUGCGCCCCGUGAAUGGCGUACAGGAGGAAGGGCGACUCUGGGAACGGGCAGACGCCCGGGUGCGACGACAACCCCAAUCACAUCGUCUACAGGAAGAUGGAAAGGAUCGUGGAACGGAUGCAAGAUGAACAAAAUGGCGUUCCCGUCAAAACUGUCAAGAGUUUCAUGUCCAAGAUUCCCAGUGUUUUCACAGGAUCUGAUUUAAUAACUUGGAUGAUGAAAAAUCUUGACGUAGAAGAUCAAACCGAAGCUCUUCACCUGGGCCAUCUGAUGGCGGCGCACGGCUACUUCUUCCCGAUCGAUGACCACGUUCUAACGGUCAAAGCGGAUGGAACUUUCUACAGGUUUCAGACUCCUUAUUUUUGGCCGUCCAAUUGUUGGGAGCCGGAAAAUACAGAUUAUGCCGUGUACCUUUGCAAGAGGACUAUGCAGAACAAGACUCGCCUGGAGCUAGCAGAUUACGAGGCCGAAAACCUCGCGCGCCUCCAGAAGAUGUUCUCCAGAAAGUGGGAGUUCAUCUUCAUGCAGGCCGAAGCACAAGCCAAAGUAGACAAGAAGAGAGACAAAUUAGAAAGGAAAGUUCUUGACAGUCAAGAGCGUGCCUUUUGGGAUGUCCAUAGGCCUGUGCCCGGUUGCGUGAACACUACAGAAAUGGACAUCAAAAAAGCUUGCCGUAUGAACAAACCAAUCAAAAGUGCCAAGGUCAGUGUCUAUCCGGCAUCUGGAGUGCAUUUCCAGAGCGCAGUGGGCGGUGGCAGAAUUAGUCCUAGUAUCUCGGAUGCGGAACUCAACAGGCCUCUUGAAGCUAUCAAAGUAGAAAUCAAACACUUAAAAAAUCGUCUGGAGCGAAGAGUUAUAAAAGUAUCCAAAGCAGCUGAAUCGUAUAUCAAUUUCUUCGAGCAGUAUCAAGAGUACGAUGCCUUCCUAGUCACUCCAGAGCCUUCCAAUCCAUGGAUCUCAGACAGCGUCGACUUUUGGGAGUUGGAAAAGCAGACCAAAGACAUUCCCGCCAGGCGAGUCCGCCGCUGGGCAUUUUCACUGAAGGAGCUUCUGAAGGAUCCUGCCGGAAGAGAACAGUUUUUCAAGUUCCUGGAGAAAGAGUUCAGCGCAGAAAAUCUCAAAUUUUGGGACGCUGUGCAAGAGCUGAAACAAGUGCAUUCUAGAGACAUUCCAGUCAAAGUACAAGAAAUCUGGGAUCUGUACCUGGCCCCAGAAGCCGGGGAAGCUGUUAACAUCGAUUCCAGGAGUUACGAAACCACAAAGAAGAAUAUGGAGAAACCAGAUAGAUGGGCAUUUGAAGAAGCAGCGGCUCAUUUGUACCAGCUGAUGAAGAGCGAUAGUUACACACGCUACUUGAGAUCUGAAAUGUACAAAGAAUACCUGAAUGGGAUGAAGAAAAAGACUUCCGUGAAAGGUAUCCGGUCAGUAAUAUCUUUCAGUGCAAAGAAAGAUCAGUCAGCUUCCUCUUCCUAGCAUCCUGAAUUUUUAAUGAAAGAAUGUCUUCUUGUACAUAGAAAAGCAAAGGAAUCGAUGAGACACAUUUCCAUUUUACAGCCAGGAUAAAAAGCAUUAGUGGAUUUCAAAAUAUAUGGCAGUCAUACAUAUUCUUUUGCCUCAGUAAAAUGAUGGGCAUCUCAACUUGUGGAUACAAUUUCAUGUCACAUUUUCCAGAGAAAAUAUGUGUCAAUUCUAUUCCUUUUGUAAAUAACCUGUACAGAACAAUUUUUUUUAGAAAAGAAAGGAAGAAAAAAAAGUAUCACGGUGAAACUCUGGACAUCAUCAAUUCCAUUUUCAAGAACAAUAAUCAACGUGUUCAAUCCAGUUCAUCAUUCUGUAUGUGGUUUCAAAGAACAGUUUCUACUGUUUAUUUUUCACGACAAUUGCAUUACUAAUGUAAUAUCUUUGUGUUCCAUACAUCAACAUAGAAGUAAUAACUUUCAGAUGUACUGAAAGCUGUCUAAGAUUUAUGAUGUUGUAACAGUUUUGCAUCUUUAGAUGCAAAGCAAUGCAAUCUUGUUUUAUAUGAUAUCCACAAUCUGUGCAAUAGAGUGUCUUGGAUGUCGUGCAGACAAACUUAGCAUUUGUUAGUUAUAGAUAUUAAAGAAAAAUGUACAAAAAAAUAACUUAUAAACGAAAAUAUGAAUUAGUUUUUGCUGGAAUUUUUAGGUUUGUUACCUAGAAUUAAAAAAAAAAAAUAUUCCAAAUAUAAAUAAGAGAAAAGUACAUAAAAAGACUGAAAUAUAAACUCGUAUAAAUAAUUUCAUCCAUUUCCUCAAAACCUCUGUUGGCAAAAAACAAAAUCAAUUGGCCUACAAAAUAACAAUAUAAAUGAGCAAUGAAAAGAUUCUUCUUUAGUGAAGAGAAUUGAUUUAUUCAAAUAAGCAAUCUGCUUGUGUGUUUAUUGCAAUGAAUCUGUCAAUAAGAGUUGAAGGUUAAAUAGUAAAUUUUGAAUUUUAUUUAAAUCUUUACUGCAAUCAUGAUGGCAUAUAUUUUUAUAAAUGUGCAAAUUGGUGUCACUUCAUGAUAAUAUGAUCCACAUAAAAUUGUACCACAUCAAUUACUUUUGGAACAUAAUCAUACAUUGCCACAUAAAGCAACAUACUGUUAGUACUUACCUGUAAUAAUGUGUGCAAUGUGAAUUGAGAUGUCAAAUGAAUAGAUCUCAUUUCUAAAAACCUCUGGACAAAAUAUGACUAUGCAAUACUUAAUUCUUUGUUUAUUAAUACAUUAUUUUACUAUUUUAAAGUGUUACUUAGCAUUUGAUGGAGAACAAAUAAAUUAGUGAUGAAUGUUAUAUUUUAAAUAUAUAAAUUAUAAUUGUUUGUAGAGAUGCAAUGACUAAAUUUAUUAAGUGAUGCUUAUCAAAAGUCAUUGUUACAUCCAAAAAGCACAAAAUCACUUAAAAUCAAUGCAAGAUUUUUCAAUUCACAAUUGCUGAUUUUGUAAAUACAUGCAAUAAUAGAUAUUUUUAAUAUAUACAUUUAGUUUGGAUCACAUAAUCUUGAAAAUAUAUUUCAUAUUUUUAAAGAAUAUAGAAAGUGAACCAUUAGGUCACAUAACCAUUUCAGUAAAAAAUAAUUUUCAUACUUGAAUAUUUCAUUCUAUUUUUUCAAAUAAGUUUCCCUGAUAUUAAUUUACCUCAAAAAGUCUAGAUUUUGAAAAUUAUAUCUAAGUAAUUCAUGUAAAAAUUUAUUUCGCAUAAUGUUUUAAAAAAAAAGUUUCAGAAGAAUUCUUCUGGGCCUUUAUUAUACAUAAAACAUUGUUAAUUAUUUAUUUAAUAAAUACUUUUUAGUUUUAAUUGAAAUUUAACUCCUUGAGAAAGCUAAUGAUACCAUCAAUGUCAAGAUGCCCUGGAUCAGGAAGAAUAGUCCUAUUUUCUACUCACUUUCCCAGCUUGGUAACUUCUAAAUUAUAUUUACAACAUCACAGGUUGAUAUUUAAAUAAUUGACUGGUAUAAACAAUUAUUAUAUAUUUCAAAUAUCCUACGCUGAAAUGAACCAUUUUGUAAACAUACAGUAUGAGAAAAAUGGUCUGUUUGAUUUCAAAGCAGAGAUUAACAGUUUUAUUUCUAUUGAGUAAGGUAAAUAAAAAUUUAUAAUAUUAGAAAAAAAAAUUGAAUUUCCUAAAAGCACUAUAUAUUCUAUAGUAUUAUUACAAUAUCUUCAUGCUGUUGUUUCAUUCAGAACUCCAAACAACAUUGUGGAUAUAUCAUACAGCAUCUUGUACUAUGCAACAAUUAUAUUUAAGAGUUUAUUAUGACAAAAGAAAAUGAAUUAUACUUAUUUAUUUAAUUAUAAGUGUACCUUGAUUCAUGGUCCAUCUUGUACAAGAGAAAUCAAAAACUCAAACUGGUAACAACAACAACAAAAAACUGCUGCAUAUGACUGCAGUACAUAUAACUAUGAAGUAUAUCAGCAUGCCAUCAUGUCUUGGAGCUAUGGAAAGAUAUUUAUGAGAUGUUCAUUUUAAAAACAAAGUUCAUAAUAUAGAGCAUAAUAAUAAUUACUUUAAAUCUAAUUCUCUUCUAGUAUAUCAGAAUUAUAUUCAGAAUUUUUUCUUAAGCAUAUUGAUGCAUCUCAUUAUUUUUUUUAAUACUGCCAGCAUGAGACAUCAAUCAAUAUAAUUUGACUUUUUUCUCCAGAAAUGUCUAAGUCUAUACAUAUUGACAAUGAAAAAAUUCAUUAUUAAACUGAGUAGGAAAAAUAAUAUUCUUUACGAUGCAGGAAAGAAAGACAUGGAUUUUGUCAUUUGUUUUAAAUAAAUAUUUAUAAAAUAACCUACUCCAUUCUAUG